GGUUUGACGGAGAAAUUUGACUGAACAGUAUACUUGAUAAGAAACAAACAACGAAAAUCAACGAUACAAAGCAGUAACGAUAGAGGAGUAUAUAGUGUAGCUCAGCUGGACAAAUGCCGCCAUUGAACCUCAAAAACCACCCACCGGGUGGCAAUAAAUCUGUAAACAAACGCUUCAAAGUAAAGAGUUUUUUCGAGCAGUACGCAAAUUUGGAGUAUGCAAAGUAUUUAUUUUUGGAUCCGGCCGCAUUGCCUUUGGUCUCAGUUUUGAUAUUGUUAGCAGAGCUGAUCAUAAACAUCAAUGUGAUUUGGAGGGUCCCUUACACAGAAAUAGAUUGGAUCGCCUACAUGCAAGAAUGUGAGGGAUUUCUAAAUGGAACUUUAGAUUAUGGACAGCUGAAAGGUGAUACCGGCCCACUUGUAUAUCCUGCAGCAUUUGUCUACAUAUAUUCGGCGUUGUACUAUAUAACUUCAUAUGGACAAAAUAUUCGCUUAGCUCAAUACAUAUUUGCAUUUAUAUACCUUUUGCAAUUAUGGCUUGUACUGCGUCUGUAUACUAAAAGCCGCAAAGUUCCUCCAUAUGUGUUAUUGAUAAGUACCUUCACAUCAUACCGCAUACACUCUAUAUAUGUUCUGCGUCUCUUCAAUGAUCCCAUAGCAGUUUUGUUUCUGUACGCAGCAUUAAACUUGUUUUUUGAUCGGAGAUGGACUAUUGGUAGUAUCUGCUUUAGUGUAGCAGUAGGCGUUAAAAUGAAUAUUUUACUUUUUGCUCCAGCACUCUUGCUUUUUUACAUAGUUAAUUUAGGUUACCUAAAGACUAUACUGCAAUUAGCUAUUUGUGGAGGUUUACAACUACUUCUAGGAGCCCCAUUUCUCAUAACAUAUCCUAAGGCAUAUUUAAAAGGAAGUUUCGAUUUUGAACGCGUUUUUGAACACAAAUGGACAGUAAAUUAUAGGUUCCUUACGCGAUCAUUGUUCGAAAAUAAGGCCUUCCAUGCAUUUCUAAUCGUGGUACAUAUGUUCCUUCUCCUUUUAUUUGCAAAUUCAGCGAUCAUAUAUUUUAAGAGUUAUGUGCGUUUACGAGCACUACAAGAUCAGUUACAACCCCAAAUUGACCAAAAGAAUAUGGAAUUGGAAAAAAAUCGAAUUAACGAAGCUAAAAAUCGCAAAAAAAGCAAAAAAGUUACGGAAAAGGAUAGCGAAGAAGAGUUGACCCCUGAUCAACAGCAGUUCUUAAAAUCGUUUGAGAAAGGUCUACAAAAUAGCACUGGAUUAAAACCAAAUACCCAAGCCCCACCUCCAAUUCAAAAAUACCGUCAGAAGGUCUCGAUACAUUUUGAAAAAUGUUCACAAUUGGCCAUAUUACCAUUCUUUCUCUGUAACUUUCUUGGGAUGCUUUGCGCACGUUCCUUGCACUAUCAAUUCUACGUCUGGUAUUAUCAUUCAUUGCCCUACCUCAUAUGGUCAACAAAUUACAGCUUGGGUAUACGAUUUCUCUUACUUGGUUUGAUUGAACUGUGCUGGAAUACAUAUCCAAGUACGGAUUUCUCCAGCGGCUUAUUACACAUCUGUCACAUCGUAUUAUUACUUGGUGUGGGCAGCAAUUUCCUAAAGGCAACUAAACGAAGUGAAGUAAUGAAAUCAUUUGAAGAGAAACGAACUAAGGUCAAAGUUAAUUAAAUUUAAUGACUUCUAUCUAAAUACAUAUGUAUAAUUGAAAAAGUAGUUACAAUAAAACGCAGUACAUUAUAUUUA